AUUACCAAAGUUUUGUUUGGUGCAUUGAGGUAGGUAUCGAAGAGAUCCAUUGUAUCCAAAAACCAGAGACAGCGAGAGAGAGAGGCAUUGAAUUGCACCGCUAUUUCGCCUCUCCUUCCUCCCUCUCUGUGUCCGUCAUGUCGUCGACCAGUGCUUUAAGCUCCCGGCUUUCCAACUUCCACCUCCUCACCGAAUCCCAGGACCACCUCACUUUCCGUGAAGGAGUAAACUCACGUCCAGCCUGUCCUUCAAUUGUUUCUUGGCCUGGUAUUAAGACUGGGAGGACACCCCGUUCGUCCCGUGUGUAUGGCUUAUUUGGAGGAGGGAAAAAGGGUAACAAUGAAAGGGGUGAUGAUGCAGCUUCAAAGGCAGGAGUUUUCAGUAUGCAAAAUCUGUAUGAGACAGUUAAGCAAGCUCAAAAUGUAGUACAAGUUGAAGCAGUGCGUGUGCAGAAAGAGCUUGCUGCGGCAGUGUUUGAUGGUUACUGUGAAGGUGAGAUUAUAAAGGUAACGCUUUCUGGUAACCAGCAACCUGUACGCACUGAGAUAACUGAGGCUGCUAUGGAACUAGGAGCAGAAAAAGUCUCUGAAUUGGUGACGGAAGCAUACAAAGAUGCGCAUCAGAAGAGUGUCAUGGCCAUGAAGGAUAGAAUGAGCAACCUUGCCCAGAGUAUAGGAAUGCCAAAAGCUCUCGGUGAAUUGAAAUGAUUUGCCGGUGCAUCUCUAUGACAUUUAACUGUCCUAUUUCGUAAUGUUGAACUUUUUUCUUCGUACCUCUUAGUUUCAAGGAAAAAUUGUUGAUUCAAAAUUUUCAAUGAGGUCAAGUUUCAGUUUCAAGUUUUUAUCAA